AUGUCUUCAAUUGCUGCUAUGGCCUCCCGCCGGGCCUUCGCCCGCCAGUCCUUCCUUCGCGCUCCCCCGCGCCGCUUCUACAGCUCCAAGGUUGAGGAGGCUGGCCUCGACAAGGGCCCCAAGCGUGACCCCGAGCUCUACGUUCUGCUCGGUGUCAUGUCCGGUGCUUUCCUGCUUGCCGGAUGGUACUUCGGCAGAAAGCCCACCUCCGUCACCUCCGAGAGCAACGUCCGCAUUGGCGAGAGUGCCAUGCCCUGGGAGCAGACCGACGAGAGUGGCAAGGUCUACAAGUACCAAUACCACCCCCACGGUGACAAGAGCCAGCCCCUGCGCAAUGCCCCCAGCGCCCUGAACACCGUCAUUGUUCCCAACGUUACCCUGCCCGUGGACCUCCACGAGCGCUACAACAAGUACGGAAAGGAGGAGUGGGACUACUAA